AGCCAGUCAGGUCAGCAAGAUACAACCACAAGGAACCAGGACUGAAGAAGAGGAUCUCACUCUCUCUCAGACACACAUUUCUUCUCAUCUACCCGCAUAUUAACAGAAACAGGUCACAAUGUUUGGCAUCCACUCCCUGGCUGGUGUUCUCCUCCUGGUCAUCAUACAGAGCAGUUGGCAAGUUCCUCUGCAAGAGGCUGAGGACAACUCAAGCUUAGAGACAGCAGACUCACUAUUGGAGGAUUUGAGGGGCGUGCCUAACAUGAAGAGACAUUCCGAGGGAACCUUCUCUAACUACUACAGUAAAUACCAGGAAGAAAGGAUGGCUCGGGACUUUCUUCAAUGGCUUAUGAACUCCAAGAGGAGUGGUGCUCCAUCCAAACGCCAUGCCGAUGGGACCUACACCAGCGACGUGAGCACCUACCUACAGGACCAGGCGGCCAAGGACUUUGUUUCCUGGCUCAAAUCAGGACCGGCCAGACGAGAAUCUGCAGAGGAGAGCAGGAAUGGCCCAAUGAGCAGAAGACAUGUAGAUGGGAGCUUCACCAGUGACGUGAACAAGGUCCUAGACAGCUUGGCUGCCAAAGAGUAUUUACUCUGGGUCAUGACCUCCAAACCCUCAGGGAAAAGUAACAAACGUCAAGAAGAUCAUUGAAAGAAGACAAACGCUUCCUUGUUCAAGAGAAACGUGGAUACUGUGCUACAAAUGAUAAGCCUUGACAAAAACUGAAAGCCAUACUAAAAAGCCAUACUGCUUAGCAUUGUUGUAACGUUGAUACAAUGUUGGAAAUACUUACAUUGUUUACUCUACAUUAUGUGAUAAAAAAAACAGAUAAUGUAUUCUUCCUUAACUUUGUGGUGCAUUUAUGCAUCAGUUGUCAAAUUAUACAAAUAUUUUUCUAUAAAUUAACAUUAUUUUCUAUAUUUGUAAUGUUGAAAAAAAAAGGGAACAUGGUAAAAACUCAGAUAUAAUGUGCAAAAUUAUCUGGUAAAUUUGUGUGAAUUAGGUUUUUUAUCCUAUAUGUAUCAAAACCUGCUCUGCAAAAUUAAACUCUUUCAUUGUG